AUGUCUCAACUGGCAAACCUCGCCGUCGAGGGUGAUCCUCGCCUUCACGAGAAAGAGCGUGAAAUUAUUGACAACCUCGCUGUCCAAAGUCCCGGUACUGGUAUUCGCCCCCAGCAUCGGAAGCUACAUGAUACUAGCGUCACCUUUGAGGAGUACUACCAUUAUGCGCAGCUCACUCGAGCUGAGGAAGAGGAAUCGACAACACCUGAGACAGGUGUUCUGUCGAUUAUUUUCCCCUCUAAGAGCGACGGCGGAGUCCAGCAAUCCACAGACGGUAACCAGAAGGAUGCCGGCGCCUUAAAUAUUAGCGACCCGGCUACUCGCAUGACCAUCUCCGAUCUGGAAUGGACUAAUGCGUCUCGCGCGCUUCGAACUGCGACCCGUGGUGCCAUUUUCUACCUAAUCACUACUGAUAUUUUGGGUCCAUUUGGUCUGCCGUACGCGUUUGCGACCAUGGGAUGGGGUCCCGGUAUCGCUUUAUAUACUGUUUUUGCCUCUCUGGCCGGAUACUCCGGAUUUCUGCUUUGGGAUACUUUCAUGGGUCUUGACUCAUACCAAUUCCCUCUGCGGAGUUUCGGUGAUCUGGGAUUCCGACUAUAUGGCCCUUGGAUGCGACACCUCUUCAACAUUCUCCAGAGCAUUCAGCUGCUGCUGAACGUCGGUCUGAUUGUGAUCUCCAACGGAGAAGCCCUUUCCCAAGCAGCCAAGUUCAAGCUAUGCUAUAUCAUCUGUUGUCUGAUCUGGGCCCUGGUCGGUUUCUUCCUUGGCCAGAUCCGCACCCUGCAGAAAUUCGGAUGGCUGGCUAAUGUCGCUGUGUGGCUCAAUCUGCUCUGCAUGUUUGUCACCAUGGGUGGUGCUGCUCACUCACCUCCUAACUACACCGCUUAUACUCAAUCCGCGGGCUACUCCGUUGGCGAUGGCUCGUCCGUCAUACCCGUCCAUGGUGUUUUCCCUCCCGUGAAGACCACUGGUGGACUCCCCGACCCUGCCGACUUUGCUGCUUCGGUCACCGGUGCCAUGCAGGCCGUCUUCGCCUAUGGCGGUGCCAUGGUGUUCCCCGAGUUCAUGGCUGAGAUGAAGCGCCCCAAAGAUUUCUUGACUGGCAUGUGGGCUGCCCAGGCUUUCAUUUACUUCUGCUACAUGCUCUACGGCCUAUUCAUGUACGGCUACCAGGGUCAGUACUCCAUCAACCCCACCUACCUCGGCAUCAGCAAGUAUAGCAUCCAGACCGCCGGUAACGUGUUCGCCAUGCUGUCGGGUGUCAUCGCUGCCGGUCUGUACGGAAACAUUGGUGUGAAGGUCAUCUACAAUAACAUUUUUGUCGAAUUCUUCCGCUGCCCGCCUUUGACUGCCCGAGCUGGCAAGUUCAUGUGGGUCGCCUUGAUCCCAAUUUACUGGGCCAUCGCUUUCGUCCUCGCUGCCGGUAUUCCCAGCUUCUCCGGGUUGACCUCCGUCGUCGCUGCUUUCUGUAUUCUGCAGUUUACCUACACCUUCCCCCCAAUGCUGGCGACCCUCUUCUGGAUCCGGAAAUAUGCCUUGACGGACGGUGAAGGAUUCGAUCCUUCCACUGGUGCGACCGUGCGCCACGACCGGGGCUUUACGCGCUUUGCUCGUGGGUUCAAGAGCAUGGGUACCAAGCGCAUCAUUUUUAGUUCUUUCAACCUUUUCUACUUCAUGGGUGCAUUAGCUCUUGCUGGUCUUGGUGCCUACUCUGCUAUCACUGGUUUGAUCUCUGCUUACAGCUCGGAGGUGACUACCUCGUUCACCUGCAAGAGUCCUCUGGACAGUUCAGCUGGGGCUUGA